AUGGGGAACGCUAGCAGUUCGCAGAAGAUCUCGUCGCAGGAUCGGGCAAUCCUCGACCUCAAGAACCAGCGCGAUAAGAUAUACCAGUACCAAAAACGCAUCACCGUCCUCACCGACCGGGAAACCGCGAUCGCAAAGGAAUGUCUUGCGCGCAAUGAUCGGCGGCGAGCCCUCCUCGCUCUCCGACGCAAGAAAUACCAAGAAUCGCUCCUCUCCAAGACCGACAGUCAACUCGCACAGCUAGAGCAGUUGACGGGCCAAGUCGAGUUCGCACUGGUGCAAAAGGACGUGCUGUUUGGGUUGCAGCAAGGUACCCAGGUGCUGCAGGCUAUCAAUAAGGAGAUGGGUGGUAUUGAGGCUGUGGAUCGGUUGAUGGAGGAGACGGCGGAGGCUCGUGCUUAUCAGGAGGAGGUGAGCCAGAUGUUGGAGGGCAAUUUGUCGACACAGGAUGAGGAGGACGUUGAGGAUGAAUUGGAGGCUCUACGGCAAGAGGUCGUUGGGACUGUCGAUCUACCUGCUGUUCCUCAUGCUCCUCUGCCCGAGCACGGCGACGAAGUGGCGGAAGAGCCAGGACGAGAACAGCCCGAGGCCAAGGCUAAAGCCCGGACGCCCGUCCUGGCGUCUUGA